UCGAUUGAUUUUGAGGGAGAGAAGGAGUACAUUGAUUGGUUUGGCGGUAAAGGAAAAUUAAAUUGAAAAGUGGCGGUGCGGGGAAGAGAGAAUGUUGGAGGAAGACGAAGACGUAGUUUUGUUGUCAUCGUCGUCUUUUUCUUCUGAUUCCGAUGAAGAAGUUGAAGUGUCAUCGUCUUCUUCUUCUUCUUCUUCUUCUGAUUCCGAAAUUGAACAAGUUUCACAACGGAAAUCUCAGAAUGUAGAAGCCCUAAUCAAAGGUAACCUUAUUGUGAAGAGACAGUCGUUGCUGCCGAGAGUAUAUUCCACCAAUGGAGCUGCCGCUAUUUGCAGAAAACCGUUUAAACCACCGUCCGAUGCUUACAACAAUAACAAUAAUCAAGAUCUUGCUCGUAGGCUCUCUGCUCGCAAAAGAUUUGUCCCAUGGGGUUCUACCACUCCUAUUCCUAUUCCCACCUCCACCACACCUUUGACGGAGUUGGAUUUGAAUAUCUCUGAUCACAAAGAGGAGGCUGUCAAACCCUCGCCGCCUUUGCCCCCUGAAAUUGAUCCUCUAAUACUCUGGCAACCUCUUCACGACAACGACCCUUCUAAUUCUAAUUUCACAACAAUAGCCGUUGAUCCUUUGCUUGUUCGUUUCCUUCGUCCACAUCAGAGAGAAGGGGUUCAAUUCAUGUUUGAUUGUGUCGCCGGACUAUGUGAGACACCCGAUAUCAAUGGAUGCAUUUUGGCAGAUGAUAUGGGUUUGGGGAAGACACUGCAGUCCAUCACAUUACUAUAUACUCUUAUUUGUCAAGGUUUCGAUGGGAAGCCUAUGGUUAGAAAGGCCAUCAUUGUCACUCCUACCAGUCUCGUUAGCAAUUGGGAAGCAGAAAUUAAGAAGUGGGUUGGAGAUAGAGUUCGCCUUGUUGCUCUUUGUGAAACCACAAGACAAGAUGUUAUCUCCGGGAUUAACAGUUUUAAAAGUCCCCAAGGCAAAUUCCAGGUGCUCAUUGUUUCAUACGAGACAUUCCGAAUGCAUUCAGAGAAGUUUAGCUCUAGUGGCUCCUGUGAUCUCCUCAUCUGUGAUGAGGCUCACAGACUGAAAAAUGAUCAGACAAUAACAAACAAGGCAUUGGCUGCUCUCCCGUGUAAACGUAGAGUUUUGCUGUCAGGAACUCCUUUGCAGAAUGACUUGGAAGAAUUCUUUGCAAUGGUUAAUUUUACCAAUCCUGGAAUAUUGGGCGGCAUUGCACAUUUUCGACGUCACUUUGAGGCGCCAAUAAUUUGCGGAAGAGAACCUGCUGCUACUGCAGAAGAGAAGAAACUCGGUGCUGAACGCACUGCAGAAUUAAGUGCCAAAGUUAAUCAGUUCAUAUUAAGAAGGACUAAUGCAUUGCUAUCAAAUCACUUACCACCGAAGAUAAUUGAAGUUGUUUGCUGCAAGUUGACUCCGCUACAAUCAGAUCUAUAUAAACAUUUUAUACAGUCCAAAAAUGUUAAACGGGCGAUUACUGAAGAACUGAAGCAUUCGAAGAUUUUGGCCUACAUUACGGCUCUAAAAAAGUUAUGCAAUCAUCCAAAGCUCAUAUAUGAUACCAUACGAAGUGGGAGCCCAGGAACUUCAGGUUUUGAGGACUGCAUCCGAUUCUUCCCUCCAAAUAUGUUAUCUGGAAGGUCUGGAUCAUGGACAGGAGGGGAUGGAGGCUGGGUUGAGCUUUCCGGUAAAAUGCAAGUCUUGGCAAGGUUACUUCAUCAAUUACGCCAGAGAACAAAUGAUCGCAUUGUCCUUGUCUCAAACUAUACUCAGACUCUUGAUCUUUUUGCUCAAUUGUGCCGGGAACGAAAGUACCCUCACUUGAGGCUUGAUGGUGCUACAUCAAUCAGUAAAAGGCAAAAGUUGGUCAACUGCUUGAACGACCCGUCUAAGGACGAAUUUGUUUUUCUCUUAAGCAGCAAGGCUGGUGGUUGUGGACUCAAUUUGAUUGGGGCAAAUCGACUCGUCUUGUUUGAUCCUGAUUGGAAUCCAGCAAAUGAUAAACAAGCCGCAGCAAGAGUGUGGAGGGAUGGACAGAAGAAAAGAGUUUACAUUUAUAGAUUUUUGAGUGCCGGAACAAUAGAAGAAAAGGUCUACCAGCGUCAGAUGGCAAAAGAAGGGCUGCAAAAGGUCAUUCAGAGGGAGCAAAACGACAGCGUCGCGGCACAGAGUAACUUUCUCUCGACAGAGGAUCUUCGCAAUUUGUUUACUUUUGAUGAGAACGUCAAGUCAGAGAUUCAUGAAAAUAUGCGAUGCAGUCGUUGCCAAAACAAUGAUGGGCCGCAAGACACUGAUGUUUUAUCAACAAUGAUUAAUAGCGAAUGUGGUGAUGAUGAAACCGCUGAUAUAGGUGGAUUUGCUGAGAUUGCAGGCUGCUUAGGGAAUUUGAAAACAUCAGAAAAGCAGGUAGGGAAUCCAUUAGAAGAAGAUUUAAGUAGUUGGGGCCAUCAUUUAUUCCCAACCUCUGUACCAGAUGGCGUCCUUCAGGCUUCAGCCGGUGAUGAGGUGACUUUUGUCUUCACAAACCAAGUUGAUGGAAAGCUGGUACCGGUUGACUCCAUAAGUCCCAAGCUACAGAAAAAGGAAUUACACAAGCCAAGCCGCAACGUCGAGCGAAAAUCCACCCCUUUUGCUUUACACAAUAAGCUUGUACCACUACGUUCUGCAUCCAAUAUUGCCAAUGUGUCAUGCUCAUCUUCAAUUGCUUGGACGAAGAAGGCAAAAAAUUGUGAAAGAACUACUCAAAAUAUCGCCAUGAGUGUAGCAUUAAACACCAAACACUCUCUUGUAAAUGAAUUACCAAGACAGAAAAGAUCAUACCCUGCUGAUUCCAAUGAUGGCCACUCUUUUGUAAAUCAAAUAUCACCGAAAAAAGCAUGUCAUGUUGAUAACAAUGAUGAAAAUUUUGAGUAAUAUACUUCAUGUUUUUGCCCAGGUUUGGUUUGAUGUAUUCACAUUUCACACUCAUCUAUUUUGGACAUUAACGUAAUAUUGGCAGCAUAUGUUUACGGGAUUU